GAACGUUCAACAUUAUUCUUCAAGCACACACCAAAGUACGUGGUGCGCGCGGAGCAGAUUUUUAGUGUUAUAAGUAACUGAUAGUUCACAAAUUUCAUAAAUAUGAGGGAGAUCGUGCAUAUUCAAGCUGGUCAGUGCGGUAACCAAAUCGGUGCUAAGUUCUGGGAGAUUAUCUCUGAUGAACACGGCAUCGACCCCACUGGUGCCUACCAUGGAGACUCCGACUUGCAACUAGAACGCAUCAAUGUCUAUUACAAUGAAGCUUCUGGGGGCAAGUAUGUGCCCCGCGCCAUCCUUGUCGACCUCGAGCCUGGCACCAUGGACUCUGUCCGUUCUGGACCUUUUGGACAAAUCUUUAGACCUGACAACUUUGUUUUUGGACAGUCUGGUGCAGGAAACAACUGGGCCAAGGGACAUUACACAGAGGGCGCCGAGCUCGUAGAUUCAGUUUUAGAUGUAGUACGAAAAGAAGCAGAAUCUUGUGAUUGUCUCCAAGGUUUCCAACUCACACACUCCCUCGGUGGUGGUACCGGCUCUGGCAUGGGUACCCUACUUAUCUCCAAAAUCAGAGAAGAAUACCCUGACAGAAUCAUGAACACAUACUCAGUAGUACCAUCACCUAAAGUAUCAGAUACAGUAGUAGAACCUUACAAUGCCACAUUAUCAGUCCACCAACUUGUAGAAAACACAGAUGAGACCUACUGUAUUGACAACGAAGCUCUCUAUGACAUCUGCUUCCGCACGCUUAAACUUUCAACACCCACGUACGGCGACCUCAACCACCUCGUGUCGCUCACAAUGUCCGGUGUUACCACUUGCUUGCGGUUCCCAGGUCAGCUGAAUGCGGAUCUCCGCAAGCUGGCUGUGAACAUGGUUCCCUUCCCUCGUCUCCACUUCUUCAUGCCUGGCUUUGCACCACUCACGUCACGCGGCAGCCAGCAAUACAGAGCCCUCACCGUACCCGAGCUGACCCAACAGAUGUUCGAUGCCAAGAACAUGAUGGCCGCCUGCGACCCACGACAUGGCCGCUACCUCACGGUCGCCGCCAUCUUCCGUGGCCGCAUGUCCAUGAAGGAGGUUGACGAGCAAAUGCUUAACAUUCAGAACAAGAACUCGUCCUACUUCGUAGAAUGGAUCCCCAACAACGUGAAGACUGCCGUCUGUGACAUCCCACCACGUGGUCUCAAGAUGGCCGCCACCUUCAUCGGUAACUCCACCGCCAUUCAGGAGCUGUUCAAGCGUAUCUCGGAGCAGUUCACCGCUAUGUUCAGACGUAAGGCUUUCUUGCAUUGGUACACUGGCGAGGGUAUGGACGAGAUGGAGUUCACUGAGGCCGAGAGCAACAUGAACGACUUGGUCUCCGAGUACCAACAGUACCAGGAAGCCACCGCCGACGAGGACGCCGAGUUCGACGAGGAACAAGAGCAGGAGAUCGAGGAGAACUAAACCAAACCCCAUUCUAACUCACCACCCUGUUUAACGUUCUUAAUCAGUUGCAUGCUUUAGGUUUUGUAUAUGUUGAUAAAUAUGUUGAUAGCAUAACAUUCCCAGCGCAUGGGAGGGCGCUCAUCAUGUUUAUAGCGGACUAUAAUCUACUGGUGACGCCCCCUCUCGGACCGGUGCUCACUCUAAAGUUGACACAAAAGUAAGAUCUUUUGUUUGAUAAGGCUGAACUUUGAUUUAAUUUCUAAGUUAAUUUUUUUAUCUUUGUAACCAGUGUGAUUGAGUUUAUGUUGGCUUUUUGUAAAUGAAAGUUUAAUAUUGUCGUACAAGUUUUCGAUAUUGAUCAAUAUUUUUAAUUGUUCCAACUGGUGAUUAAUAAAUUACAUCAUUUUA